AUGUUACAACCGUCGGACGUGGAACACUGUCUGGCGUCUCUUUCACAGACCAUUCCCACACUUCAAUGGUGGAGAUUCGAGCUUUCCAAACCAUUCCUUCAAAAGCACAUUUGGAUUAGCCUUCCUGCAGAUGUGGAGGUUGUCUGUGGGAAAUCUUCCCUGUUACCUAAGAACACGCAAUUGCUGGGACGACUGAAUAUCCUCCAUUGGGGCGCAGAUUGCCUAAUUCAAGGGAUCCGCAUAACUCCCUCAGAGGAGGAUCAAAUUGUCUGCAUAGAAACUCGCGCUUCGGAAUACGAUUCUAUGAUCUUCUGGAUUGAUGUGAAUCAGUUGGUUAUAAUGGUAGCACCCAACGGUAUUCAGGAGAUUGCAGAUAACAGUAGACCCACCCAACCCAUCCUGGGAAGUCAUAUUUGGGGUUGGCUGUCGGGUCUUGAAGUAUCCCGUUCACAUCCACAAGCAGUCACAAAAAGAUGUUUCCUAAUCCCUGUUGAUUUCUCUAACCGCGAUGAUAUCGCAGUUCUCCUAUCUCACCAUGUGAAAAGUGAAAGGACCACAAUGUGUGAGCCUUCCUUGCCAUCUGGCAAACUCAUUGUCGUCAAUCCUCAGACCAACGAACUCUACUCCUGUCACCUCGACUCCACUCCCACGUGUCAGACCUACUCUACCCUUAAGGGCGCAAGAUCGGAAAUGGGGAAGAAGGAAGUGGUGUCUGGGAGCGAGGAGGGAGAGGAGGUUGACGAGGAAUUAACAUUCCCAGCCUCUAUGAUGGACGAAGAGGCGACGAAACGAGAUACCAAACUGUCAGAAACUCUGGUGGAAAUUGAGGACUUUCUUGGUCGAGUCAUCUGGACGAUUCAAAAUCCCUCUGACAGAUGUGUUGAUCGUGAUGCAAACGUAGAAGCCCAACGGUGCAGAAUAGCGAUGCAGCUGGCCGAAAUGCAGAGUUGUGAGGAGGAUCUUCGAACCCACGAAUCGAAUGCAUCCUUGUCGUUGCUGGAGAAAUUGCUUGAAAUCCUCACCAGCCUCUUGGAAAUCGGUGAAAUGGUGAACUUGCACAGAAGACGGGAUGAGUUGUGCAUCCUACGCCUCGUUGAUCAGAAAUUGCCUGAGAUAACAGCCUGGGUGAAUAGGAGCCAGGUGGAGGAGGGCAAUGCCCCGCCUCCACAGCCACGUCAUAUACUCAACCAACUGGUAUGCAUCCAAUCUGCGAUCCAGACCUUUGUUAGCAAGGCCAAACCAACAGUCAACCUUGAGGCAUUGAUCUCAAAAGUUGAUCUUUGUGUGAGAGAAAGCCUUGAAAGUGAAAUACGCAGCAAGUUGGAAAAGGCCGAAUCCUGUCACGAGGUCAGCUUAAGGGCUGAGGGCGUUUUGACAGCCUUUGCCGAAUCAAUGAAAGCAUAUUUGACAUUCCAUUCCACAGCAGUGACUACUCAACUCAAAAAGUCCUCGUUUCCACUACAAACCCUCCAGCACAUUAAAUCAAACCUUAUGGAGAAUAUGGCAGUUUUGAAGAGCUCCUGUGCAUGGAUUCCGUGCAUUUUGAGUGAAGAGAUUCAGCAACGCCUCAAUAUCUCUCAGGACCUUAUUACUGAUUUAAAAGCCAUUCAUAAUCGUGCGUUUGAGAUCUACAAACAGAUGGAAAUGCACACUUCAUUAGUGUGUGAACACUCGGGUCUGUUCACCCUGGCGGUCAGGCUAACCAACAUUCUCGAGCGUGCUACAGACGAUAAAUUAAGCCAAUGUCAAAUAAGUCAACUGGAUCAGGAGUUGGACCGUUGCGAAGCUGAGUGUGUGAUGGAAUUACUAUCAAACGAUAAAGAAAACCAUACAUUCGUGAGCUUGGUGGUUAGAAGCCUUUUGGAGCACAUAUCGGCUGCAAGGAAAGUCGUGAAUGGAGUUCAAGCACUUCAAGAGCCACAAUGUUCUGAGAAGCUGGAACGGCUCGAAUACCUAACGUCAGCAGCCAACCUACCAUCCUCAUCUGCUUUCUUCGAAGCACUUUUGAUUGGCUGGUACCUGCAGACCAUGUCAUCCUCGGGCAGUCAAGUAGAUGAACUCGUUUGCCAACUUGAACAGAAGGUCUCCACUAGUCUUCAAGACACAGCCCUCUUGCACCUUCGUGUAUCCGAAAUGGAAGAAUUUCUUUCACAAUUGUCAAUUAAUUGCAUACCCUGCAAUGUUGAAGCUUCCAGCCUUCGAGGUGCAUUGCUUGUUCUCUCGGAAGUUAUACUUCGUCUCAAAUCUGCGGCUCAACUUCUGGAGCGCAUGACAUUCCUCACCAACUUUCAUCCAUCUCAACGGCUUGAGACUCUAAGAUUGGCGUAUUCGAGAGCUCUAGAGGGUCUCACGAAGUGUUUUCAAGCUCUGGAAGUCCUUCUUCGGGAGUUGUCUGAGUGGAGAAAAGGCAUUAUACUUGUUGAAGAUUCGGAUCAACAUGACACAGCAACGCAAGGCGUGAUUGAAGCCGUCAGUUUCGCCACAGAUGUGAUUUCUCAGGAGCUUAAGAAUGUCCAUUCUGCAAAUUUCUCAAAUGCCCCAGAUAUUUUGUCACAGCUUCUUAUAUGGCUCACGAACUUCCACUCUUCACUCAUCGGCUUUCGCAAGACGUGUUGUCAGUACAGACUCGAAAAGUCGGCAAUUUACAGCCAAUCCUGCAUGCUCCUUCACGAUCUACUUAAUCUUGAAUGGCUAUUGGAUGAGUCAAGGCUUCAAAGUCAGCGUGACCUGGUUCAUGAGAUUGGUGGAACGGCAACAUGUAAUAUGGAAAAGUCUUGGAUGGUCAGCAUCCAAAAGAUAUUGGAGGAGAUUGAACCAUCCAAAAGAAGGAGGUUGCUGAACUUACUAGAGGGCAUGGAACGAUCCUCACGAGAGCAGAAAAAAACCCUUCUUGGACUUCUAAUGGGUUCACGAGAAAGAGUGGAAAUUUUAGAAGGCGUUACGAGGCUCAACUACAUUGUCACGAGAGCAGAAAGCUUCACUGACCUGAAGAGUAGCGUAUUAGAGGAGAAAUAUCUGAAAAUGGCGGUCAACCAAUCAGAUGUCAACGCAAAACACAACUCAAAUUUUCACGAAGGAGUCUUCUACACUUUGAUGAAGAAUCUUGCCGAACAAAUUAGCCAGCUUCGAGAUAAGCAAAACGGGAUUUGUGAUGGUGUUAAAGCAGCAGAGUGCCUUCAUAUAUCCGAAAUUCUUGUUAAAAUUGGCCAUCAUUAUAUGGCAACUUCAAAAUGUUCGCGCCUCUUCAUUGAUCGUGUCCUUUUUUCCUAUUGGCCGGAGGUAUUGCUGAAGUUAGUUGCAAGUGACCAAUCACGCAGGGACAAAUUGUCGCUAGCUGAUUGGCGCACUUGCGCUCUUGAUUUCAGAAAAACUGUUGCACGCUGUCUUGCAAAGGAAAGUUUCGGUUUUGCAGAAGAAGGACUUCCAAAGGUAGAAACAAAGGAUAUUGAUGGAUCACUGGCGAAACUUCAGGUGGCUAUUGAAGAAACAAACAGGCUUUUCCAUGGAAUUCAAGAUGAUUUUAGCACGGACAACAAAGACGUUUGGCAAGCUUGCCUUCAUCUGCAUGAUCUUUUCCUUGUCUACGUAAGUCAAUUGGGACACCAACUAAACGAUCUGACUCUUCCCUCUCUGCGCACCAUAAGGAAAGAUCUUCGACAUCUCGACAGCCGGAUAAUCCAACUGGCUCAGGGUAGACCUUCACCCGGUGCUCUUGACGAUUGCAGUCAAAGUGUGACACAUUUGGAGGAAAGCCUGCAAGCCUUGAGACAGACAGCGAGAAUUUUGUUCACCUGUCUAGUUGCGGACUCAAGGCCAUCUCCCAAAGUGACUCCAUCCAAACAUCUUGACGUCAAUGAGUUGUACAAAAGAGCAGUGAAGUUGGUAAGUGACUACGAAGCCAGUGAAAUUGGCUGCCAAAUUCUUGAGUCUUGGCAACAACUUCAAUCAAUCGCCGACAAAUUAGGUCGUCUGCAAGCUGGUCUCCCUCUAAAUGAGCCUCUGAUAAACUAUGAAACGACGACGACCCAUUCACCGAUGGUCUCGACUGGCGACAUUCAUUUAGAUGGUUUUUCUAGCGCUUCAAUGGCACGAAAACGCAGCUGGAGUCUAUUGGAAAUUCUUGGAUCUCAUGAAUGCCUCUAUCCUGGUUGCCGUGGUAAAAAAAGUAAUAAGCAUGAAAAUCACUUCAAGGAUAACGGCCUAUUGCAUGACCUUCACACCUUCUACAGCCUUCUUUGCUCCGACUUUCAUGAUCGCACAAUGCAGAUUCCCGUCGGGGUUCUUACCUCAAACACACAGGAGGCAAUUUCUAGUGAAAUUGCGUUGGUAAAUUUGCGACAAGAAUGGCAUCGUGAUAUGAGUAUCGUGAAUCAGUUCAAUAGUCUUCAAAGACGCGUCAAAUUGGAUGACAGUGGAAGCAAGGAUAUAAAAUCAUCCUUUGAGUUGAUUAAAGCCAUCUGGGGUGAGACUGUUGCUUCGAAAGUCUUCUUUGAGGCUACAGAGAGACUUGCGACAGUUUCCUCCUGGUUGUGUGAGGUUGAACGUCACCUGGAACUAAAUGUGCUUCCAAAAUUACAAACUGCAUGGAAGAACUCUGCUGAUACUGACACGCUCUCCGUGGUGGAAAGAUGCGUCUAUAAGAUGAACGAAAUUGCUGAGGACUUGGAAGGCCUUCAAAAUAGCGGUAUCUUGUCGGAACGACAUCUAAAAACCGUCAAGCACUCCCUCCAAGCCGGUUGGUUUAGUGUCCGAGAGUUUCUACUUGAGAGAUGUGUCAAGUCUACAUUUCAUGAAGAUCCCACUUCGACACGCUUCUUCCCCUUGGUGGAUGACUUUCUUCGUCAUUCUGCUGAGCUUGGAUUUCCGGAUUCAGAUUUGAAAGCAAUCCACACUAACCUCUGCAAUCAGUACCUUCUUCAUGGUUUAACGCAGCAUGAAUGUCAUCCCGUUGAGGGAGGACGCAAGUUCUGCUCGACUAGCAGAUCCCUUCGAUUGAUGUUUCUACCAUCCUGGCUGACUGAACGAUACCGAAUAGUACAACGACGACCCCCAAUAGCACUCACUAUCCACUCGAUUCCCGACAUUUCCACUGAAGCAUAUCCACCUUUCUCCAGCGCUACAGAAUUGGCUUUUCACAGCCCAAAAUGUGCCGAAUUGCAAUCAAGAAGAUGGUUCUCAUUGCCCAACAUUCGAUCAAUGAGUUUGGUGCGCCUAGACUUUAAGGAGCAGUGUAGUUCAAAAGCAGAAGACUCUCAAGAAAUGCCAAAUAAUGUGGAAAUGAAGACCUCACAGCUGUCCUUCACAGCGAUUCUCUCAGAGGAUGAAAUCAGUGAGACGGACGGAGGAAAAGAGGAGCUCACUACGUCAAAAGAUUCAGAAGAUUCGGCAUUGAUGCGGGAUGUCCGACUGCUUUUGACACAGCUGAAAGCUCAACGCUCGGCAACAACAAAUAGCAGUGAGGAGGAUUCAAAUGAAAUGGAUUUUGGACCAAUUCAAUCUCAAGACGUCAAGGAAGGGGAGCGUAGCACCACACUGACACCUCCUGAAUGCCCA